CCGCGGCCAGUCAAUGAACCCCCCCCCACUCGAAAGGCAAAGAUGCUCGUCGCCGUCGCGUCAGCGACCAGCUCUCGCUCGCUCGCUGGCGGUGACGAUCCUUUAGCUCUCUGAGGAUUCGUUUCGAGUGGGGCAGCUUCACCUUCCGCACUGAUCGAAGACCUCUUCCCCUCCGGAAUGGAAGAGAAGCGCCGCGACGCCGGAACCCUACCGGCGGGGCCGGCCGCCUCCGCCGAGCCCCAGUCGGCGGACGCCGCCUCGACGCGCCGCCGGGCGGGAUCCCACAAGAGGAAAGCCGGCGCCUCGGGCUCCUCGUCCGCGCCGUCGAAGCGGGUCACUCGCGAGAAGAGCUCCAUUUCCCACCACGCCCAGAUCCACAACGGGCCGCUGACCAGAGCUCGCCAGGGCCCCAGCGGCCUCGCCACGGCCGCCGUGAAGAGCGAGGAGAAGAAGGCUGCGCAGGAGGUCUUGGAGGCCGAGGAGGCGAGGAGGGCGAGCGAGCAGUGGGAGGCGCUGGAGGCGGCCAUCGAAGCUGAUUUCGAGGCCAUUAGAUCUCGAAAUGCUGAUGCUCAUGCAGUUCCUAACCACUGUGGUUGGUUUUCAUGGACAAAAGUUCAUCCUCUUGAGGAGCGUGCAUUAGCUUCCUUUUUCAAUGGGAAAUCUCAAAGUCGAACACAUAGUAUGUACUUGGAGAUACGCAAUAAAAUUAUGAAGAAGUUCCGUGCCAACCCAAAAUCGUUGAUUGAACUGAAGGACCUGGAAGAUCUUGAAGUGGGGGACUUGGAAGCUAGGCAGGAAGUUUUAGAGUUUCUGGAUUACUGGGGUUUGAUUAAUUUCCAUCCCUUCCUACCAUCUGACUCAUCGAAGACCGAUGCUGACGUCAUUGGAGUUGCAAAGGAGGAUCCUAUGGUUGAAAACUUGUACCGCUUUGAGGCAACGCAACCAUGUCUUCCUAUCGCCCCAAGAAAUAACCAAGCUGCUCCACCUAUGCCAUCUGGGUUAUUUUCAGAAUCUGCAAUUGCUGAAGAUUUAGUAAAACCAGAAGGGCCAUCUGUGGAGUACCACUGCAAUUCUUGUUCCGCUGAUUGCUCUCGGAAGCGUUACCAUUGUCAAAAGCAGGCAGACUUUGAUUUGUGCACUGACUGCUUUAAUAGUGGUAAGUUCGGGUCAGGCAUGUCUUCGUCAGACUUCAUUCUAAUGGAACCUGCUGAGUUACAUGGUGUAACUGGUGGAAAUUGGACUGAUCAGGAGACACUGCUUCUCCUGGAAGCAUUGGAACUUUACAAAGAAAACUGGAGCGAGAUUGCUGAGCAUGUAGCAACAAAAACAAAAGCUCAGUGCAUAUUGCACUUUCUUCAAAUGCCAAUUCAGGAUGCUUUUCUUGAUUGUGAUGAUGAUGUUGAUGCGACUUCUAAGGAAAAUAAAGAUCUUACUACAACAAAUGAUGAUGCACCUAUUAGUAGAGAUACCCCAGAAAGGACAGAAGGUAAGACUGAUCCAGUUGAGGAUCAGCCCCAGACUUCACCUAUGGAUAUAUCAAGGGCAGAAGAUACUCAUGAAGGGAAAGUUGAUGAGAAAACUUCAAGUCAAGAAGAAGCUAAUAAAUCAAAGGUUGCUCAGGAUAUUCCAAAGCUUGAGGACACAGAAGUGAAAGUUAAGGACAUAAAGGAAGAUCUUGCUUUGAAGGCUCUUAGAGACGCAUUUGAAGCUCUUGGUUAUUUUUCAACACCUGAAAGUUCUCUUUCAUUUGCUGAAGCGGGCAAUCCUGUCAUGGCCCUGGCUGGAUUCCUAGCGCGGAUGGUAGGAUCUGAUGUUGCAGCUGCCUCUGCGCGUAGUUCUCUAAAAUCAGUUUCUGGCAGUUCUCCUGGCUCGCAAUUGGUGAUGAGACAUUGCUUCAUUUUGGAAGACCCACCAGAUCAUGAGGAGGCAGGUUCUCAGAGUCUUGUAAAAGAAAAGGGCGAUGCCGUUCCUGAGAAUGAUACAGAUAAGGAGCAGAAAGAGGAUAUAAUCCCUUCAAUCACCAGUGAGGAGGAUCUAAAGAAUGGUGAGAAAUGCGAAAAUAGUGAUCAUCCUGCCGCAGAAGAUAAUGUAGAAGCUGCAAAAGAGCUAGAUUCUAAAGCGCAGCAACUCAGACAUAGUAGCCUUAAUGUGGGCUCCUCUGAUCUGUCGAAGAACUCUGAAUCAGGUGUGCUGAAGGAAUCAAAUGACUCGGCAUCAGAUAAAGAGCUUCCGCGCAGUUCUGCACCAUCACAAGAGAAUGAUAAACAGGGAGAGCCUUCUCAUUCUCCAAAUGUGGACUUGGUUAAUGAUUCCCUACCUUCAGAGAAGGCUGCGCAGCCAGAAUCUAGUUCAGCUGGAGAAACUUCAUCAUCUCAAGAGGCAUCAAGGAGUAAUGACGCAGGACAUGAACAUCCGAUAAGUAAUGACGAUGGGCACCCUGUUACAUCAAACGAGAUUGAGCCGCUGGAUCAAUCUGCAGCUACCGAGUCGUCCCUUCCUAAGGAUAAACCUAAGGAUCUUUCUGAUUCUGAGACCACUAGAACUGAGCAGCCACAUUCUGUGGUGGAAAAUGGAUCAACAACUGAGGAUCAACUUAAAGACGGGAAAAAUGGAGACCAUGAGCAUGCAGCAACAAAAUAUGACUCUAUGGACAAACUCAAAAGUGCUGCAGCUUCCGCUCUUUCAGCAGCUGCAGUGAAGGCAAAACUUCUCGCAGACCGCGAGGUAGAUCAAAUCCGACACCUUGCUAUAUUAUUGGCAGAAAAGCAGUUGCAUAAAGUGGAGAUGAAGCUGGCGUUUUACAAUGAAGUAGAGAACGUGACGAUGAGAGUGAGAGAACAAUUGGAGAGGGCAAGACAGAGGUUGUACCACGAGAGAGCGCAGAUAAUUGCAGCUCGGCUAGGUUAUUCAGGUUCCUCAUCUAGACCAAACCCGGCGUUGCUGCCUACCAAUAGAGUUCCCAUGAAUAUGGCAAACCUGGCUCCAAGAGCCCCGACAAGCAUGCCUUCCCAAAGACCACCUCUUCUGAGACCGCCGGGAAACGUGGCUCCCAACCCUUCUAACCCAUUUGUAUCCACAUCAACUGCGGGAGGUUGAAUUUAUUAGGAUGUAAACAUGCUCUGUGGAGACAGAAUUAAUCUCAAUGAAAGUUUAUGCGAAUGCGAUUACGUUCUCGCAAUUAAUCUA